GGCGUCGUCGGCUCCUCCCCGCGCGGGCAGCCACUCGUCGCGGCUGGAGAGGGGCGGGGUGGCCGGGGCCGGCGCUCCCCCCGGCCCAGCUCGCGGCCCGCCCCGCCGCCCCGGCCCCCCGGAUGAGGGUAUAUAUUCGGAGCAGGCGAGGGACGCUGAUGAGUGGCCGCGCCGAAGAAGCCGAAGCCGGGCGGAGCUGCCAUCGCGUCGAGGGAGGUUUACAGGUACGGAAAUUACACGCCUAUUUUCACAAAGCUUGGCUACCAGAGCACUAUGAAUGUUAAUGACCUCAGACUCAGGUUGUCCAAAGCUGGGCAAGAACACCUGCUGCAGUUCUGGAAUGAACUGGAAGAAGCCCAACAGGUAGAACUUUAUGCAGAGCUCCAGGGCAUGAACUUUGAGGAGCUGAACUUCUUUUUCCAAAAGGCCAUUGAAGGAUUUAACCAGUCCUCUCAGCAAGAGAAGGUGGAUGCACGAAUGGAACCUGUCCCUCGAGAGGUGUUGGGCAGUGCCACUAGGGAUCAGGAUCAGCUCCAGGCCUGGGAAAGUGAAGGACUUUUCCAGAUUUCUCAGAACAAAGUAGCAGUUCUUCUUCUAGCUGGUGGGCAGGGAACAAGACUCGGUGUUGCAUAUCCCAAGGGCAUGUAUGAUGUUGGUUUGCCAUCGCAUAAGACACUUUUUCAGAUUCAAGCAGAGCGUAUCCUGAAGCUUCAACAGUUGGCUGAAAAAUAUCACGGCAACAAAUGCAUCAUUCCAUGGUAUAUAAUGACCAGUGGCAGAACAAUGGAAUCUACAAAGGAAUUCUUCACAAAGCACAAGUACUUUGGUUUAAAAAAAGAGAAUGUAAUCUUUUUUCAGCAGGGAAUGCUGCCUGCUAUGAGUUUUGAUGGGAAAAUUAUUUUAGAAGAGAAGAACAAGGUUUCUAUGGCUCCAGAUGGGAAUGGUGGUCUCUAUCGGGCUCUUGCAGCCCAGAGUAUUGUGGAGGAUAUGGAGCAAAGAGGCAUUUGGAGCAUUCAUGUCUAUUGUGUUGACAACAUAUUAGUAAAAGUGGCAGACCCACGGUUCAUUGGAUUUUGCAUUCAGAAAGGAGCAGAUUGUGGAGCAAAGGUGGUAGAGAAAACGAACCCCACCGAACCCGUUGGAGUGGUGUGCCGAGUAGAUGGAGUCUACCAGGUGGUGGAAUAUAGUGAGAUUUCGCUGGCAACAGCUCAAAAACGAAGCUCGGAUGGACGACUCCUGUUCAACGCGGGGAACAUUGCUAACCAUUUCUUCACCGUACCGUUUCUGAGAGAUGUUGUCAAUGUUUAUGAACCUCAGUUGCAGCACCACGUGGCUCAAAAGAAGAUUCCAUAUGUGGAUUCCCAGGGACAGUUAAUUAAGCCAGACAAACCAAAUGGAAUAAAGAUGGAAAAAUUUGUCUUUGACAUCUUCCAAUUUGCAAAGAAGUUUGUGGUGUAUGAAGUAUUACGGGAAGAUGAGUUUUCCCCACUAAAGAAUGCAGACAGUCAGAACGGGAAGGACAACCCCACUACUGCGCGGCAUGCCUUGUUGUCCCUUCAUCAUUGCUGGGUCCUCAACGCAGGGGGCCACUUUAUAGAUGAAAAUGGCUCUCGCCUUCCAGCAAUUCCCCGCAGUGCUACAAAUGGAAAGUCAGAGACCAUCACAGCUGAUGUCAAUCACAACUUGAAGGAUGCCAACGAUGUACCAAUACAGUGUGAAAUCUCUCCUCUUAUCUCCUAUGCUGGAGAAGGAUUAGAAAGUUAUGUGGCAGAUAAAGAAUUCCAUGCACCUUUAAUCAUUGAUGAGAAUGGAGUCCAUGAGCUGGUGAAGAAUGGUAUAUGAACCAGACACCAAGUUCCGCCACACUAAGAAUAGCUUUUAUUUUUGAUAGACCUACUGUGAACCUACCACACCUCUCCUGGAAUAACUCAAGUUUGAAUAUCCACAGAGUUUCAUUUGCUUGUUGAACUCUUACAACUAUUACGUAUUCCCCAAGAUCCAGAUGACUGAACUUCAGAAAGCAAUUUUAUGAUUCUCAACUUAUUGAAGGUCUUAUUUAUAUUUUUCAAUUGUAUAAUUUUUUUCCAAGUCAAGGAAAACAUCGGCCAUCUAGGGAAUUUCCUACAGCUUGAGUAUAGUUGGGAUGUUCAACAUCACUUUACUUGGAGCUGGAAGCAUUUGUUUUCAAAGUUGUACAUAGUAAUAAUAUGUCAUUGUACAUGUUGAAAGAUUUCUAUGGUACUAAAAGUUUGUUUUAUUUUAUCAAAAAUUAAAUUUUUUUAAGAAAACAAUUAGUAAAAUAAACUUUUCUUCUUGUC